CGUCGAGGAGGAGGAGGCGGAGGAGAGUGCUGGUGAUUCGGACGGUGAUUCUGCCGAUUCGGUUGUGUUGGAUCAAUUUCUCAAAAGUCUCAAUCGCCAUGAGGAUCGUGUUGGUAAACGGAAACGCUUAAAAACCAAUUCGCAGUCUCAGUCGAAUGAAAAUGAACCUGCGAGUGAUGGUAGCACACAAACCGGGGCCGAUGGCGGCAACUCUGCUGAAACCUUGGACAAAAGUUUGGCUAAAAACGAACCUACAUCAGACGCUACUCGCAGCCAGCCGAUACCAGAUGGUGCGCUACCGAGAAGCAAACCGGACGCAAAGUUUGCUGAUCCCAAGGAUAAGGCUCUUUUCAGUAACGAGCUUUUCGAGGAUGUUGACGAUUUGCUUCGGGAGGAAGCCGGCCAGCAAGCCGAUGAACCGCAGAAAAAGCGCACACGAAAGGCGGCGACAGAGUACGUGCCACGCAGGCGUAAACGGCGGGAUUCACAGACCAGCGAUCAGGGCAGCGACAGAGGUGACGAUGAUUCGGAUGUGGAGCUGCUGGAUGAUACACAGCCAAGGGCAAACAAUCGCCGAAAGGGUGAACCUCCGAGGGAUGAUCCGUUCGAUUUUAGUGACAUGCUAGCCGCGCAAGGCAGUAAAUCUGCAGCAAGCGUGCGAGCCAACGAAUCGCCGUCCUCCGUUCUGUCGACGUCGGAUCCAAAAUCAACUGUGACGACUCCUACAUCUGCUUCCACCGAACACGCAACCAAGCGGAAAUCAUCCAAGGAUGACGAUUGCAUCAGCCUCAGCUCCGAUAGCGACGACGAAUCGCAGCUGGUGCCCGAGUCCGCCAAGGCAUCACCGGACAGCAGCAGACGCAAGAUUCGGGCUAUGCUCAGCAAUGAUGAGCUGGCAGAAGAAACGAAAAAGGCACAGAAGGAAGAGGAAGAUCGGUUGGCCAGGUUGAAGAAGAAAAAUGAAAUGUUAAAACGUUUCCUAGAAACCUACAAUCCCGGGCUGGAGGAAAGCGAUCUGGUUCUAGAUUACGAUGCGAAGCAGAAAAAAGCUAUCUGCGUGCAUCCCGACAUUGUAGCCCUGCUCAAACCGCACCAGAUCGAGGGUAUCCGCUUCAUGUACGACAAUACGUACGGCGCAGUGGAUUCGGUGGCGGAGAAUGCUGGAUCUGGAUGCAUUUUGGCACAUUGCAUGGGACUUGGCAAGACGCUGCAAAUUAUAGCACUUCUUCAUACGGUCAUGCGGUACCCGCAGCUGCGAACACGACGGAUCUUGGUUAUUUGUCCGAAGAGCACAGUGUUGAAUUGGAAGGAAGAGAUUCACCGUUGGCAGGAUAAGGUGAAAGAUGGAGCGAGGCUAAAGGUGUUCUGCUUCCCAGAUGUGAGCCCUCAGAUAACGAAAGUGAAUGUGCUACGUGAUUGGCACUCGUUGCCACACACGCGUUGUGGUGUGAUGCUGAUUGGUUAUGAGGCAUUCCGGGCCCUGAUUAACAAUGAACGCCGUAAGCGUCCGGUGGGUUCGUCGCUUAAAAAGGUUGAGUACAUACAGAAGCAGGUGAAGGAGCUGUUGAUUAAUCCCGGUGCCGAUCUGGUCAUUUGCGACGAAGGGCAUCAGAUCAAAAAUAAGCGAUCUGCCAUCAGCGAGGCAGUUUCCAAGAUCAAAACGAGACGACGCAUCGUGCUUACUGGAACUCCAAUUCAAAAUAAUCUUAAAGAGUAUUAUUGCAUGGUCAACUUUAUCAAACCUUCGUUCCUGGGUAGUGACAAGGAGUUUAGUAAUCUUUAUGCCAAUCCGAUUAAAAAUGGUCAACAUAAGGAUUCCGAUCAGCGUGCGAUCAAAAUUAUGAAGCAACGCUCGUACGUGCUACACAACAAGCUGUGUAAAUUUGUCCAGCGUAAGGAAGCGGCUGUGUUGAAAGAUUUCCUCCCGGAGAAAUAUGAGUAUGUUCUAUUCGUUCCACUGACGCCGGUUCAAGAAAGAAUGUAUGAAGUGUUUCUUCAGAUGAACGAGUACACAUCGAACAAUGAAAAUCCUGGGGAACCGGCCAAGGCGAAAAAGUUUAAGCUAAUCGCCGAUUACACCUCGUUGCGAAAGAUUUGGACUCAUCCGAAAGUGCUAGAGAAGGCUUGGGAGUCAGCGAUACAGGAGAAAAAUCGGAAAGAUGCUGCGCGGAAAACGGCAUCUCCAGAUACGGAUGAGGAGUCACCGGAUGAUCGAAACGACAUCAAGACGGGCACGCUGUCGGUCAUGAAUGACUGGUGGCGAGUGUAUCUGGGUGAGGCAGACCUAGAGUCGCUAGUGCCAAGCAAUAAGCUGUGGAUCAUGUUUGAGAUACUGAAGCAGUGCAACGACCGGGGCGAGAAAUGUUUAAUUUUCUCCGCGUUCGUCGCGGUGCUGAACGUGGUCGAGCAUUUCAUGGCCAAAAUCAACGACCAGAAAACCCAUGAUCUACCGCAUGCAGAUGCGUUCGGUUACAGCGCCUUCAAAGGUCCGUGGGAAGCUGGUAAAGAUUACUAUCGACUGGAUGGCAAAACGAACAAAAGUAUUCGCCACGAUUUGAUACGAUCGUUUAACGAUCCGCGAAAUACGCGCGUCAAGUGUUUCCUCAUAUCGGCCAAAGCUGGCGGACAGGGCAUUAAUCUGACUGCUGCCAAUCGAGUGAUCAUUUUGGAUACGUCCUGGAAUCCAUCGAACGACCAGCAAAACAUCUUCCGGAUCUUCCGGCUCGGCCAGAAGCGUAAAUGUUAUGUCUACCGAUUGCUGGCGAUGGGCACGAUGGAGGAGAAGGUGUACUCACGCUCGGUGACGAAGCAAGCGCUGAGCUUCCGAGUGGUUGAUGAGCAGCAGGUCGACCGUCACUAUCGUUACGACGAGCUGGCCGAGUUGUACAAUUUGACGAAGGUAGCGGAUAUGACGCGUGAAACCCCGAUCCGGCCGGCCGACGAUCUGCUGGCAUCGUUGCUGCACAAUUUCUCGAACAAAAUUUUCAAAUACCACGAGCACGAUUCCCUGCUGGAGAACAAACCUGAGCAGGAUCUGAGUGAAGAGGAGAAGAAGGAAGCUUGGGCUGCGUACGAGCGCGAGAUCCAGAAUAACGAAAAACCUGCAUAUCCGUCGCAGUUCGGCAUGAUGCCAGGUUCCGGGAUGUACGGUUUCGGGCUGUCCUCACUGUACCCCAACAUGGGCCUGCCGGGAAUGCCAAUGGGAGGUGGAGAUAUGUAUAGAAGCGAUUUCUCCUAUAAUAGUGCCCUGAACCGACCGCUCUAUCCAUUUAGCCAACAGUUCCCGAUGCUAAACGAUCCCGGCUAUGCCUCGCUGCUGUCAAAGUUUUACGGUCCCUACACGAUGCCCGGCUCUGGUGGUAUGAUGGACUUUGCCAUGCCUUCUCAUGCAUCGUUGCCAAAUGGGCAACCUAUGUCGCCGAGUAUCGGAGGUUCAGGUGGAUCUUCCACCAAGUCAUACGAUCCCACGAGCGCUCUUUCGCAGUUUUACAAUAUGUACAACGCGAGUAGUAGCAGCAGUGUGGGACUACCACCGCCACCGAUCGGGAGCAGUUUGGGUGCUACCAAUGGAUUACCACCACCAUCGAGCACAUCCACGUUGGCAAGCCUUGCCGCUCAGUAUGGCAGUCCUUCGGGUACGAGCGGUUCACCCGGUUCUAGUGCCAGUAGUCAAGUACUGAACGCACUGAGACAAAUCACUGACUAUCAAUCGGCCGCACAGCAACAACAAUCUUCCUCCCCAAUGACGCCGCUAUCGUCAGCUUCGGGAUUGAAGAUUUCGGAAGUUACAUCGCUCGCUAAUCAGUUCCGCAAAUCGGUCGGUCCGUCUACAUCGCGUCCGGGAAGCACUGGAUCAGCGACCGCCACGUUGCUGAACAUGCUAAACGACCACAGCGGGCACCUAUCGGCGUUGAACUCGGUCGGAUCUGGAGUUUCUAGUCCAUUUUCUCCUCGUAGCGCUCCACUGUUGCCUCCGACUCUUGAUCAUCCGGUCCGGAACUAUCCGUCCACGCCAUUACCUCCAUCAGUAUCACCGGCCAAUAUCGCAACUGGCCCGCCGACCAUUCCUGCAGCACACGAAGAGCAGCCUGCUGCUCGUGGUGCUAGUGGAAAGGCAGAUAACACAGUCACGCUUAGUAACGUUGGUAACCUGGGUGCUGGAGGAAGUGCUAAUGCAAAGAGCACUACCACUAACGGACCCACAAACAAUGGGUUACCCGUGAUAGCCUCGGUUGUAUCGAUGGCACAGCAAAAGCAACAGCAAGAGAAAAAUCAGAAUGGAAAGGAUAGUACAGAUCGUUCGCCCUUUAGUUUCAGCGAAUUGAAGAAGAGGGCUACUAGUAAAAUUUUAACUACGAAAACAGCCGAUUCGUUGAGCAUUCCUAGCCGACCGAGGAAUGAUUCGCAAGUCACAACUGUGAUACCUAUUGAUGAUGAAGAACCAGGUGAUCGGAGUGCACCAGCACAAGCGAGUAGCAACAAAACUACCGAUGCAACACGUCCGAUGGUGCGUGCGAAAACGUUAGCUAAUCUGCAGCAACCGGAGAAAUUGCUAAACAAAAUGGCAAACUUGCCGAAGCCAGCGACACCAACGCCGUAUGGUGCUGGUACUAGUACGAUAGGAAGCGGGAAGUCGAGCGUCUUUCCAUCACCGGCUACUCCGCCAGCUUCUAUGCUAACGUCAGCUAAUCGUUCCAUUAGUUCCGGUAACAUAAAAUAUCCACCCGCGAUACCUAACAGUGCGGCCAGAAAUAGCCCGAAGCUAAUACCACCGGUAUCGAAGCCAACUGCAUCAGCCAUAACCGUGCCAUCGGUUCCGAAAAUGACAACGACGACACCAGGGUUGGUAGCAAGUUCAAAGCCUGUUACGAUGCCAUCAUCGCCCACACCGAACAGUAUUUCCAGUCAAACCACCCGCCCAACCGUGGGACAACAGCAGAAAUCGAUGACCAAUACAGUUCGACCAAAGCCUACUGCACAGAUUCUAACAUCGCAAUCUAAUGCAAAGAGAACAUCCUCUCCGGCACCUACAAUGAAACCAGCUGCUAUGCCACCCUUGGUGGGAUUUAAAUCGAUUGGACAAGGAACGACGGUCCAGACACCGGCGCUGAAACAAACUCCGACUGCGAUUUCCUCUGUAACUGGUAUCACAACCCAACUCGUAUCAGCUACGCGCAAACCAGCUACGAUUGUAACGUCGGCCAGUAACGCCAGUAAACCAGCGCCUAUAGCAAGUGUGAAUUUGGGAGCGACACAGCAAACAAAGCAACCCUUACCCAAACCACAACCCAGUGCUGUUAAACCACCGAGCAAUCCUGUUGGUUUGAUGAAUAUUAAAACCCCAGCAAAACCGCUUCUGUUGAACUCCGCCACCAGAGCCAGUCCAACAAUGGCGAUGAAACCAAGUUCCGUACAAAACAGUGCGAGCAACGUAAUUAAAUCCGCUUCCGAAACCCGUCCCAUGCAACAAACGGUGACCAUUUCGUCGCAGCAGACUGCAGGUGUAACGGGCAGUAGUAACUCUAUUAAAAAAGUGGUUACUCAGCCAAACUCACCAACGAGUAUUGUAACAAGUGCCAAAAAUACUAACAUCGGAAUGCGUCAAAACGUCGGUGGCACCGUGACACAAAAGAUUUCUGGAGUGAAUGUUUCAUCUGUGGCAUCUGGUCUUGUAUUGAAGGGGCCUGCGAAGACCCUUGUGACUCCUGUCAGCAGGCCCGGAGUGACAACGGUUGUAGCAAAACCAACGAAUACGCUGUUGCGGCAGUCUCAAACGGGAUCACCGAAAACCACGGUACCAACGUUGGCUAACCGUGCGUCCCCUGUACCUACCAUCGUACAGCGGCAGACAGUCAAUGCAGCGAUAAAACCGACCGUUGCCAUGACAACUGGUGCUGGUGGUGGUGGUGUUGCGGUACGUGGUGCACCCGUCGUGCAACCAACACCCACGGUGGUGUCUUCGUCUAUCAAAACCAAAGCAAUCACUCAGCAACCACAGAGCACUUCGAAUGUUGUGAGCGUUGUUGCGAAUGCUGUUCCUACUACUGCUUCUACUACUUCUACCCCUGCUGGAAGAACAGUAAGCUAUUCUUUCAAUGACGCUAGCAAGGAGUACACGAUCACCAAAGCGACAGCAGCUCCUACGAUUCGGCAAAUCCAGCCAAAUAGCAAAUCUCACGUAAUGUAUAAGAAAGUUACAAGUGGAGGAAUCAUAAGCACCCUAUCGACCAGUACCAGCAGUCCCACGGCAGUAGGACCCGUGAAAUCUUCUCCAUCCCUCGUGCCACCUCAAGCAGCGAAUGCGAGCACCAUCACCAACACUGCUGCAUCUGCCAUGCCGAUGCGAAAUCUGCAACCCGGUGCGGUCAAUACGAACGUGAUAAUCCGAAAGAGGAAAAGUGACGUAGCCCUGUUGGAUAACCUGAAGGCUAGGAAUAGUUCGCUUUCGAUCAGUGAAAUCCGGUCCGGGGACGCUGCUGGCGGUGGUUCGGUACAAUUGGCUAAACGCACGAAGCUGAAUGAGUCGGCAGCUUCAACAGCAGCCACCAUUCUCGGUGGCCAUCGAUUGGGAGCCAACAUAAUGGUAUCCCAGAAAACGCUACCAACCAAAACUGCUUUAGGCAAUGUGUCCUAUGAUGUGGUAGAAUUGGAGUGAUUGACAUGAAAAUAAAGCUCGUGGCCCAUGGCUGAUGAAUUUGUUUGUCCCCGCUAAAUCAAACAAAAACAGAGGAGGUUGAAC